AGCGCCAAUGAAAGUUUGAGCACGUACGUACGUAUGGAGGUGGGUGAGUAUUGCUCUGAGAAGUCAUGCAAGAGACUGGGUAAGUAAACACAUACUUUGGCCCUUCCAAACUCCACGAAUGUUUCUGCUAUAAUAUUGUCAAGAUUUCCUGCCAUUCACCUGCCAGCACUGCAAAGGGAUAUUCUGGUAAUGUGGGGCAGACAGGCAACAGGGCUGGCUGGGGGGUUGUUUUUGUUGAUCUGCUCUUGUCUCUCUGUUUGUUUACCCACAGCAAGGAGCACUUUAACCCCGGCAACCACAACUGCCCAAUCGCUAACCUUGGCAGCCAAGUGAGCCAAUAUCACAUCUACCUAAAUAGGAAAACAGCAGCAGCUAACUAUAGCGUCCCGCCAAAUAUCCUCGUACCCACUCAACAGGCCAUGUGGCAUAGUAUACCCGAUACCUUCUAGUAUAACAUGAUACAAGGCAGUUUGUUACUAGCCACCUCCUAUUUGCUGUCUCUACAAAUUCAUUUUCCGCGUCCCUUGAAAGGACAUAUGAAGGAGUUCAUUGUGGCAUGAAAGGUCACAGGGCCAUUAGAGGUGGUCAGCCGUCAGGCUCAGUCAAUAGGACACGUUACUAAUUGGAUUAGCUCUUUGGAGUGGAGAUAUAAUUAUACCAGCAAACAAAGCUUUUGAUGCAGGGUGACGAGGAACAAGGGAAAGUGGGAGGGGCUUGUUCGGCUAGCCACACCCAUCUGUGUUCGGUGGAGGGGUGUGGCCGAAGGGAACAAGUGCAUGUAAGGUGUCCUCGUUGCACUCUGACCCUGUGUCUGGCUCACAGACACCCUGAAGAUCAUGAUUGUACCGCCCUUCCUUCUCGCCCCGCCCAUUCCAAGCACCGGGGACUCCGCCUGAAGACUAAAGAUCCACCCACCACACCCGGAAGAGGGGGCGGGGCUAAAUCCGAAUCCCUGGCAGCAAAAGUUGCUCUGAUGAGAUUGAAGCAGAGGGCUGAAGGAAUGCAAUCAGUGCCUCAGAGUGAGCGUGUUUAUUAUGACGUCACUCUUCCAGCUGGUAGCAGUGUCCAAAGUGCGGUACUUUUCUUCUCAAAGGAGUGGGCAGUUGGAAAGGUGGUUGAUAGUGUGUCGAGGAAAUUCAAAAUCAGCAACCAAAACGACCAACCCACUUGUUUCAAAAGGCUGGUUUUGUACGCAGCGGAUGGAACGGUUCUGCUAGCGUCAAGACCUCUCCACACGUACCUAGCUUUAGCCCCUUCGGGCAGCUCCGUGAGACUUGGCUAUGAUGAAUCAUGAUAUCCGAACGCGAAGACAAUGCGCAUGCUCCGAGCGGGAAUAUUUAGCGCAUGCGCGUAACCCCGCAUCCGCACGAGACCACGCCCAUGAACAACAAAUUCCCUCUUCUACGGCAACAACACAAGUAGGUUUGUCUUUUCUUUCCUUCCCCUUAUUCUCCGAGGCCGGAGUCAGUCUAGCGGCGAUGGCUAGUAACAGACAAGACGCUGCCCAGCGCGCCGAGCACCAGUCCUCGGCGGCGGAUUCCCGUCUGUUUCAGAUGAAGGAGCACUGUAACCAAUCCUUUUUGGUCAUGAACCAGCUUCGCCGGGAAGGCCAGCUCUGCGACAUUUCCUUCAGAGUAGGCAACGAGACCCUCUCGGCUCACAGGAUAGUCGUGGCCAGCGUCAGCCCCUACCUGCGAGCCAUGUUCACGUGCGGUAUGAGAGAGAGUUCACUGGCAGAGAUAGAGUUGAAAGACAUCGAGCCGCGGGCGAUGGCGGCACUCAUCGACUACGCCUACACGGGAGAGGUCAUGGUGACUAUUGACAACGUCCAGGACCUUCUCCCUGCCGCGGGGAUACUCCAACUCCGAGAGCUAAAAGCCGCGUGCUGCGCCUUUCUUAGCGACCACAUGGACACCACAAAUUGCCUGGGAAUCAAGCAGUUUGCCGACCUUCACUCGUGUCCGGAGCUACUCAAGAAAGCCAACCGGUUUAUCAUCCGAAAGUUUGUCGAAGUAGUAAAACAUGAGGAAUUCCUCCACCUCCCUCACGGCGUGCUCAAGGAACUUCUCUACAACGACCACUUGCACGUGGAGUCAGAAGAACAAGUUUUUCUCGCGUUUAUUCGUUGGGUGAACCACGACCUCUCGAAACGAGCCACCAACGCCUACCAACUCUUCGAGGCGAUACGUUUCAACCUCUUGGCAAAGACCUUCUGGGAGAACGUGUUUCUAAAAGAGCCACUGUUUCAGCAGAACGGAGAGUGCAAGGCGUUUAUGAAGGGAUACCUGUCGGGGAUGAGUCCAGAGAGCUACGUCGUGAAGCCAAGAUCUCCGAUUGAGGCAAUCUAUACCGUGGGAGGGAGGAACAGCCAUCGGUGUCUGCCGACUGGGGAGAGAUACGUUGCCGAGGACAACCGGUGGGAGGAGCUUCCGCCAAUGAAACAAGUCCGAACAGCCGUUGCGGUCGGGGCACUGGAUGGUAAACUGUAUGCAGUGGGAGGCGAGUGUGAGACGAAGUUUGCCCAUGAAGGCACCCUCUACCUGUCGUCCGUGGAGUACUAUGACCCCAUCCACAACGAGUGGAGCAGCCUGCGUGAGAUGAAACAUCCCAGGUCGUUCACAGCCGUGGCAGUUAUGGGGAAGAAAUUAUACGCCAUAGGCGGAGAAACGACCGCACACACAUACAAAUCAGUCGAGGCCUACGACCCUCGGACGGGAAUCUGGACUGCGGUGCCCGACAUGCACAUCGCUCGAUCGGGAGCCGGGGCCUGUGCUAUGAACGGGAAAAUCUACGUGGUGGGCGGUCAAGAUCGCGCCAUCCACCACUCCACGAUGGAGUGCUACGACCCGGUCGAAAACUGCUGGCACCUGUGCGCCAACAUGAGGAACCCUCGUUCUGGCGUGGCGGCCGUGGUGCACAACCAGCACAUCUAUGCCAUCGGAGGGAGGGACCGACACCGGCAGGCCUACUACGACAUCGUCGAGCGGUAUUUUCCAGAUACAAACUCCUGGGAGAACUUCAGCAAGUUGACCCAUUCGCGAGCGUGGCCGUCUGCCUGCGUGUUCCAAGGUCAAAUCUACGUAACUGGCGGUUACGACUGGCCAGCACAGACUGCGAACUGUCGAGAGAUUCGACGCAAAGGAUAAGAAAUGGUCGCAGAUUGCUGACAUGAAUGAAUUCCGUGCUGGCUGUGGAUCAGCCGUUCUGUAGAGACCUGAUCUCCAUAUGUCCAUACUUCACACCGACCUAUAAUACACUCAUCAUCACUGAUCUUUACCCACUGUCAUUAAUGUGAACCACUGCUACAUUUCUGCCUUUGCUGAAUGUAUUAUGAUCAUAGUCGUCAGCGCCCAAGAUUUAUAUUAGUCUCAAAA